GCAAAAAUAUCAUAUUAUAAAAUAUAAGAAGAUUCCAGAGAAAAUGACGGUCGAAUCACUCGUUCAUGUGAUGCUCGUCUCGUUCCCGGGGCAAGGCCAUGUAAACCCUCUUCUCCGUCUCGGCAAACUCAUCGCUUCAAAGGGUUUCCUCGUCACCUUUGUCACGACCGAACUAUGGGGUCGGAAAAUGCGACGAGGCAACAAGAUCGUCGAUGGCGAACUCAUCCCUGUCGGAAAAGGCUUCGUCCGGUUCGAGUUCUUCGACGACGAGUGGUCCGACGACGACGAGAGACGAACCGACUUCGCGUUCUUCUUGCCACAGCUCGAACUCGUUGGACGACGAGUCAUCACCCGGCUCGUCAAGUCGUACCAAGACAAGGACCAACCCGUUUCUUGUCUCGUCAACAACCCUUUUAUCCCUUGGGUCUGUGAUGUGGCCGGAGAUCUUCGUAUCGCUUCUGCUGUCCUUUGGGUCCAAUCUUGCGCCUGUUUCGCCGCGUAUUACCAUUACCAUCACCGUUUGUCUCUCUUUCCGACCGAGACAGAGCCCGAAAUCGACGUCCAGUUGCCUUACAUGCCAUUGUUGAAGCACGACGAGAUUCCGAGCUACCUUCAUCCUUCAUCUCCUUUCUCCGGGUUCAGAGACGCGAUUCUCAAACAGUUUGCGAACCUGGACAAGCCCUUCUGCGUCCUGAUAGAGAGUUUCGACGCAUUAGAGCACGAACUCAUCGACUACAUGUCGAAACUCUGCCCCAUCAAGGCCAUCGGACCGCUUUUCAAGAUCGCCGGAACAGUGAACUCUAACGUCAGCGGAGACAUAUGCAAACCAUCAGACAACAUCGUAGAGUGGUUGGACUCGAGACCCGCGUCCUCGGUGGUGUACAUCUCCUUCGGGACCGCGGCUUAUCUGAAGCAAGAACAGAUCAACGAGAUCGCAUUCGGCGUCCUGGACGCGGACGUGUCGUUCCUGUGGGUCGUGCGGCCACCGCCGGACGAGGCCAAAGUGGAAACUCACGUCCUGCCUCAAGAACUGAAACACCAAUCUUCCGACAAGGGCAAGAUCGUGGAAUGGUGUCCGCAAGAUGAAGUGUUGCAACACCCUUCGGUCGGAUGUUUCUUGACCCAUUGUGGAUGGAACUCGACGAUGGAGGCUAUAACGUCGGGAAUUCCGGUGAUAUGUUUCCCUCAAUGGGGAGAUCAAGUGACAAACGCUGCGUAUUUGGUGGAUGUGUUCAAGACAGGUGUACGGCUCUGCCGUGGCGCGGCGGGGGACAGGAUCGUACCAAGGGAGGAGGUGUCGGAAAAGUUGACGGAGGCCAUGGUGGGAACGAAGGCGGAGGAGCUCCGGAGGAAUGGGAUACGGUGGAAGGAGGCGGCGGUGGCGGCGGUGGAUAAGGGCGGUUCUUCGGACAAGAACUUUAAUGAGUUUGUGGACAGGUUGAGUUACAACGUGAUACAUUCAAAUUCUUAUUAAGACCAAGAUUUUUUUUUCGGGCUCUCUUAAAGUGUCAUCGGUAUCAAAAACUAAGUAGUGUUUGCUUUUUUUUUCAGUGAUUUAAUAUUUGUAACAAGUUUCGGUCUAUUGUUAUUUGGAAAAUAAAUUAUUGUGAUAUGAAUAGGAGAACCGGUCUAUAUUGGUUUA